AUGACCAAAAAAUUUGAAAAAUAUUGGAAAUCUAUUCUCGAAUAUGUUAUAAUUGCUCACAUUCUCGAUCCACGAUAUAAGUUGGAUCACUUGAAAGCAACACUAAUUGAAGUCAGUAGUUAUAAUAAUCAUGAUGCAAAAAUGGUUGUCAAUUAUAUUCGCAAAAAACUUAUUACAUAUGGAGCAAAAUAUUCCAGCAUAAAUACAAUAGAAUUUGAGUUAGAACUGUAUGAAAGUGAACUUUCUGAAGACUCAGAUGAUAGUAAUGAAAUAGAAAAAAAUAAUGGGAUAAAACUCUGGGAAUCAUUGUCAUCAAGAUUCUCAAUACUUAGCAAAAUGGCUCAUGACUUUCUAAGUAUUAAACCCUUAUCUGUUUCUAGUGAAAGAGCAUUCUCAAAAGCUGGUUUCACAAUCACUAGUGAUAGGGCUAAUAUUUGUGAAAAAACU